AUGGCGAUGAUCUCCGAUCUUCCUAGGGAAUUGCGUGAGGAUAUUGUCUUAAGACUUCCAUUCGAAUCUCUGAGAGCACUGCGGUUAACUUGUAAGAAGUGGGAUACGUUAUUGAAAAGUCGGAGACUUACAAAGAUGCACUUUGAAAAAGCAGCAGCAACAGCAGCAAGGGAAAGAGAGUCUCAGAUGAUCAUGUUAAUGGAUCACAAUCUUUAUUUAAAGAGUGUCGUCUUCGACGUUGAUCCAUCAAUAAAACAUAGAGGCAAACUUACUUGCCUUGGCGAACAAGUUAAGAUAUCUAGAGUUUUUCACUGUGACGGUUUAUUGUUAUGCAAGUUGAGAGACAAUAAUAACAAGGUUGUGGUUUGGAAUCCGUAUACGGGGCAAACAAGGUGGAUCGGGCCCAGACGUACUCAGCGGGAAGAGAAAGGUACGAACAUUUACAUGUACGCUCUCGGUUACGUGAAUAAGAGGAACAAAUCUCGUCGUCGUAGCUACAAAAUCUUGAAGAUUGUCUAUGAAAUGUACUCCAUCCAUUGCCAUAGAGUUUUCUAUGAAAUCUAUGAUGUUGACUCUGGUUUAUGGAGAACUCUUGAUAUCCCUGAACGUACAUGGUACGUGAAUUUUGAUGAUAUUAGCGUUUCUCUCAAGGGAAACACUUACUGGUGUGCUAUUGGAAACGUACUCGGUCCACGUGAGCAUCUCGUAAUCUGUUUUGAUUAUACACGUAAGAGAUUUGGUCCGUUAAUGCAACUGCCCUUUACUGCUAGGAAGGAAGACCACGUGACUUUAUCUUGUGUUAGAGAAGAGAAGCUUGCGGUCUCAUUACAGCGCCAGAGUGGUAAUCCUUGUAGGAUUGAAAUAUGGAUUACUACUAAGAUUGAUACCAGAAAGUUGUCGUGGAGCAAGUUCUUGACAAGGGAUAUGGAACAAGUCUUCGAUUGUUAUACAUAUAUAUACUUUCCCCCAAGAAAAAGAUAA